AUGGCCCCUUCUCAGAAACUGACCCCUUCUGCCCGCAGCACCCCACUACCCCCCCAGUGGAUGGGGGUGGUGGGGCGAGUCGGGGGGCUGGGGAGCAAAUGCAGGGGCGCGCACAGCCUUUUUGACUGCUGCGGCCUGGCUUGCAGGCUAGAGGCAGCCGAGGAGGUGGGCGCCACGGGAGGAGCGAGCCCCGAGUCUCCCCCAGAGCGCAGCGGCGGUGUGGGGCCUGAGCAGCGGCAGCAGGAAUCUGAUGGUGAGCGGGACUCGGGGCCAGAGCAGGCCCAGACCAUCUACCGGGAUAUCUGGAGCCUGCGUGCCUCUCUAGAGCUGCAUGCCGCGGCCGCCUCGGACCACAGCAGCAGUGGCAACGACCGCGACUCGGUGCGCAGCGGAGACAGCUCGGGCUCAGGCUCCGGGACCACCGUGCCCACCUUCCCACCGCCCUCGCCGCCGCCCACACCUCGCUCCGCGGAUAGUGAGGCGGGAGGUCCGCGAAAGCUGCUUCAGAUGGACAGCGGCUACGCCAGCAUCGAGGGCCGCGGCGCGGGCGAGGACGGGCUCCCCAGCGCGUCCGAGAAGCGCUCUUCCUUCACCAGCGCCGGCCGCACGGCCACUGUGGGCAGCAGCUUCGAGGGGGCGCUGGCGCCCACCGAGGCGCCCGCCCGGCCCCGCAGCCCCCGCGCCUGGCCCCGCCGUGCCCCGCGCCGCGACUACAGCAUUGACGAGAAGACAGACGCGCUCUUCCACGAGUUCCUGCGCCAUGACCCGCACUUCGACGAUGCGCUGCCCUGCGCCACCCGCCACCGCGCGCGCGCGCAUCCGCACCCCCACACGCGCAAGCAGUGGCAGCAGCGCGGCCGGCAGCACAGCGACCCCGGCGCGCGCGCCGCCACCCCCGCCCCGCCUGCGCCCACAUUCGGCCCCGACUCCCGCCCCACACGCGCGCCUCUGCGCCGAGGCGACAGUGUCGACUGCCCGCCCGAGGGCCGCGCGGGCGAUGACCCGGCUGCGCCCGCUAUCCCUGUCAUUGAGGAGGAGCCCGGCGGCGGCAGCGGCAGCUGCCCCGGCUCAGGCCUGUGCGUCGGGUCCCCGGGGACACUGCUGGACAAGCUGGCGGCUGGCAUCGACGACAGACUCUUCCCGCCGCGCCUCGCCCAGCCCAUCGCUGCGGUUCCUGCGCUGGCCGCCGCCGCCGCCGCCGCGCCGACGUCUCCCGACCAUAGCCCGGCCUAA